AUGUGCCGGCCACGGGCCGCCGCUCUGGCCGCCCUGGCUAUUCUCGUGACCUCCGCGCCCGUCUCAGCCACGGCUGUUUCCUCUACACUCACAGACACAUACGCCGACGAUUACUACGCCGAGUACAGCUUCGCCGGCGCGUUCGACUACCUGAACGAGCAGGACGUGGUUCAGUCCAAGCACGGUGUGGCGGUACCGGUGGGCGGCCGGCACGCGCUGGAUCCUGUCACCGAGCUGUCUCUAUGGGUACCUCCUGAUGACCGGUGUCGGGUGAGAGUGAUAUCCCCACCGGCCGGCAGAGCGCCGGGCCGUCUCGAACCGGACGAGUUUGACUGUGAGUUCGAUGCUGGUGAGGUGGUGUACACGCACUACGGCGCGCCGCUGCCUGAGCGGGAUCGGUUGACGCUGCUGGUGAGAUAUGACUCGGCUGAGGAUACAGCCAUCGUUCCGCUGACUCUGGAGCUGAGUUUUACCCAUGCCGAGCGGACCAUCGUACGUGAGCUGCUACCGCUGCUGGUAGACGCGCCCGGCGGUCUCUCGCCACCCCUCGGACCGCAGCAUAUACGGCUGGAGGUAGAGGACGGCGAGCGGUGUGAACUGACCCUAGUGGAGGGGCUCGGUCUGCCGCGGCACGGCGCGGUGGUCACUCAGCUCGGAGAUGUCCGGCGAGUGACCUGUGAUGACCUGCCCGCCGCCGGGAUCCAGUACCGACACGGCGGGCCGACGGCCGGCGACCGGGACUUUCUGCCGCUGACGGCGGAGGCGCGCGCCGCCGACGGACGUCUCCUGCGCCGGGAGUACCUGCAGGUACCGAUCCACAUCGACGGCGGACUGGAGAACACCCCUCCGCGGCUGACCGGCGCCGCUCAGCCAACACUGGACGUGAGACAGAGUGCGCCGACGCCGCUGAGCGCCGCGGCGCUGCGGGCCGAGGACGACCAGACGCCGCCCGAUCAGCUGGUCUUCAACGUGACCCGUCCGCUCGGCUACGGAGACGGAAGGUUGUUUUCUACUGACGACCCGGACGCACCGCUGCUCUCGUUCUUACAGCGUGACUUGACCGAACUGAAGGUGAGCUACCAGCCUCCGAGUGGACGCUCUCCGCGCCGACGCACCUUCCAGCUAGGCCUACAGGUGGUGGACGGAGACGGACUCGCCUCAGAAGAGGUCACUCUGAGUAUCGUAGUGCACCCAAUUAAUACACGCUCGCCGGUGGUCACCCGUAACACGGGUCUGUCCAUGUUCGAGGGACAGAGCCGGCGGCUGCUGAGCGCGACUAAUCUGGAGAUUACUGACGAGGAUAACCUGGCUGAUGUGACGGUGGAGGUGGUGGGAGGUCUGCGACACGGUCAGCUGCUGCUGCUCGGUGCUGAGGUCGUCCGAUUCUCCCCGGCUGACCUCGACACGGGGCUGAUUGUGUACCAGCAUGAUGGAAGCGACACGACGAGUGAUAAUGUUUUACUGCGCGCCUCAGACGGCGAGAGUGAGGUGCUGUUCGUUCUGGCCGUCACCAUCUUCCCUGAGGAUGACCAGCCGCCGCUGGUGACGGCCAACACUGGUCUGACGGUCCACCGCGGACAGCAGCUGCUGCUGACGCCCCGGCUUCUGGCGGCUGCUGAUGUGGAUAGCCCCGAGAGGCAGCUGGUGUUUGAGCUGACGGAGACGACGCCGGAGGGCGGGGAGGGUGUGUUUCUGCUGAGAAGUGCGACUAAGGACAGCGCUGCUGGGAGCUCCGACUGGAGAUUAGUGGAUGGGAUGUACGAGCGAACUGUCACCUCCUGGAGUCAGGCUGAUCUGCAGGACGGUCGGGUCUUCUAUCGGCACACCGGCCCGCCGCGACAGGACGCUCACACGGCACGGGUGGGGUUCACAGUCCGUGACGACGCCGACCCGCCGAACCGUAGCGCGCCGCAGACUCUGACCGUGACUGUCCUACCGGUGGAUGACACGCCCCCUGCACUGACCCCCGGCGCCUCCCUCUCCAUGGUGGUGGAUGAGGGUCGUCUGAAGCCGAUCGAUCGCGCCGCGCUCAGCUACUGGGACGCAGACUCGCCGCCGGACCGGGUGCUGGUGGCUGUCACAGGUCCGGCUCGAGAGGUGGACGGCGUGCGGCCGCCUCCGGCCCCGGGCGGCCCGCCCGCCCCGCCCGCCGGCUACCUCGUUCUCACCGAGAGACCAGAACAGCGCGUCACCAACUUCACACAAGCGCAGGUGAACCAUCAUAAGGUGGCGUUUCGACCGACAGAGGCUGAGCUUGGUUUGGUGCCACGUGUACUGCAGCUCCCGUUUAUUGUGAUGGACUCUGCCGGUAACACGCUCCGUGAUCAACUCCUGACCGUGUUCGUGACACCUGUUGACGACCUGCCCCCGCGUGUGACUAGUCACGGUCUGAGUGUACCUGAGAACGGCGCGGCCGUCAUCUCACCAGCGCUGUUGGACGCUCAUGAUGAAGAUACACCAGAGGAGGAGCUACGAUUUACUCUGACUGCCGGGCCGCGGCACGGAGCUCUUAGCGUUCACGGACGGAAUAUGACAAUCGGCGAGCAGUUCGGUCGACUCAGUCUAGCUACCGGAGAGGUGGUAUACCUCCAUGACGGCUCUGAGGGCUCUGAGGAUCGGCUCGAGUUUGAAGUCUCUGACGGAUUGCGUAGCGUGCCGGCUGUGUUUCCGAUAACGGUGACGGCCGUGGACGACCAGCCGCCACGGGUACUGACCGGAGAGGUACGGAUUACGGUACAGGAGGGUGGCGGUGUGCCGCUGACAGCUGAGCUACUGCCGGCCGCUGACGCUGAUUCAGACCGCUCGCUGCUGACAUUCCUGAUCACAGAUAGACCGGAGGAGGGAGUGGUUACUCUAGACGAUGAGGAGACGGACCGGUUCACCACCACUGACCUGGACCGCGGUGCUGUGGCGUACCAACACAGCGGAGCAGAGAUCGGGCCUCUGCCCGUGUUGGACUCCUUCUCCCUGACUCUGACCGACCUGAGCAGCGAGGCUGCCGACCACAUCACCGUCUCCGUCACCGUGGAGCCGGUGGACAGCCAGCGGCCGCAGCUAGUGGCUGCUGACGGAGCGCUGUAUGUCGACGAGGGCUCGUCAGCGCCGCUGCCGCCCGAGCUGCUGUCUCUGACGGAUGCCGACACGCCGACAGACCAACUCAGCUGUGUGCUGACGGAGCGGCCGAGGGUUGGUUACCUGGAGAGCAGCUUGCCGCGGGCUGGAUCGGAGGUGCGUCGUGCUGGUCCGGUAACUGCGUUCACGGCUGAUGAGUUGGAGACUGGCGCUUUGCGUUAUCAGCAGUCGGUCCACCAGGGCGUGGAGCCACGAGCGGACAAUCUCACCGUGAUCUGUUCAGACGGCGUGGGUUCAUCGCCACCGGCUACCGUCCGAGUCAUCAUCCGUCCUAGCAACGACGAGCCCCCGCGGCCGCUACUGCGUGAACUGGUGGUGCUCGAAGGAGGUGACCUGGUAAUCGACUCGACUCUGCUGUCGGCUGCCGACGCCGACCUGCCGGCUGAUCAGCUGACCUUUCAGGUCACGGCGCCGCCACAACACGGCAGGCUGCUGUUACACGGAGAGCCAGCCCGCUCCUUCACCGCCGACGAGCUGCGCGGACAAAUGGCACUCGUAUACUCACACGAUAACUCCGAGACGACUUCUGACGGGUUUGACUUCCGACUAGAGGACGGCCAUGCAGCUCACGCAGUCGAGGGACGCGUCACGGUGCGUGUGGUGCCUGUGGAUGAUGAAGUGCCCACUCUGGCGGUCAACCGUGGCCUGCGCGUGUCUGUGGGAGGCUCAGUGACUCUCUCAUCCCGUGAGCUGCGCGCCGCUGACCUGGACACUCCGGUAGAGAGGCUGCUGUUCGUGAUACGCACCCCGCCGCGGCACGGUACGCUAAGCCUGGCCGGCGUGGCACUCGGAGUCGGUGACAACUUCACACAGCCGCAGCUCGACUCCGCCGCGCUGCGCUACACUCACGCUGGCGGCGACACAUCAGCCGAGGACGUGAUUCGCUUCGACGUCAGUGACGGCACGAACCUGCUGCUGGACCGGCAGCUGACGGUGACGGUAACCGGCGGCGACCGCGCGUACCCUCGCGCGCUGAGCCGCGGCCUGCAGCUGCCCGAGGGCGGCACGGCCGUGCUCACCACGGACGUACUCAGCAGCAGCGACGACGACAGUGACGACGCGCGGCUCGAGUACAGGCUGACACGGCCGCCGCAGAGGGGCCACCUGGAGCUGGCCGGCAGCCCGGGACAGCCGCUGACCGGCUUCACGCAGCUGCAGCUGGCUGCGGGACGGGUGCGCUACGUGCAUCACGCACAGCAUGAGGAGAGAGCCGACAGCUUCGAGUUUGCCGUCAGUGAUGGUGUGCAUGCCGUGGCGCGGGCGUUUCGCAUCUCUCUGCUACCGGUGGAUAACAAACGCCCGGUGCUGUUCAAGGAGGAAGUUCGAGUGCCGGAGGGUUCUGAGCGGACGAUCACACCAUUCGAACUGAAGCUUGACGACCGAGACACCCCGUCGGAACAUCUCCUGUACCGCGUGGUCGAGCCGCCGCUUCACGGUCGCCUGCUCUUCAACCACAGUCGACCGGUACGCGAAUUCAGCCAGUACGACCUCGACUCCAACAUGAUCUCAUACCGGCACAGCGGAGGCGGCUCCGACGGUCACCGGGCCCUCUCCGACCGGUUCCGGUUCGUGGUGUCAGACGGGGCCGACGGAAUGUACUACGUGUACCCGGAGACGGCGCGAGGUACCCGGCUGCCCACCCAGCUGGAUAUCCGGGUGUUAGCUGUGGACUCCCGCCCGCCUGCGGUACAGGCGUCCCGGGCGGUGACGGCUCUGCACGCGCUGCCCGGCGGUCGGCGGGGUGUUCGACUGGGCUCGACACACCUCCAGUUCAGCGACCCGGACUCGGAGGGCGAGCAGCUGAUGAUGGAGGUGACGGCAGGACCGGAGAGCGGCGCCCUGGUCGACCUCAGCACCAACCAGACCGUCACCAACUUCACACAGGGGAAGCUACACCGUCAGGAGGUGGCCUACGUUCUGACCGAGGGGCCGAACGUUACCGGCAUCUACAGGGAUAGCUUCGUCUACAGUGUGAGGGACACAGCCGGUAACGUGGUGCGUGACCUGACCUUCAGCCUGACCUGGUCUUGGGUCACCCUGGCCGCCGCCCGGUACCAGACCAACGAGACAGAGCCGCAGCUGGUGGUGCGUCUCAACAGGACUGGUUACCUCGGCGGAACGUCCUUCGUCUCGGUGGCGCUGGAGAACGGCACUGCCACGGUCGGCGCCGACUGCAGCGCCACCUACGCCGCCCAGGUGCAGUUCUCCCCUGGCCAGAACAGCGCCGAGUGGCGACUUCCUCUCCGCGACGACACACAGUUCGAGGGUACAGAGACGCUGCUGCUGCGACUCUCCCAGCCCGUGGAGGCCCUCCUGGGGGCGAUCGGCGAGGCACAGCUGGAGAUAAACGAUUAUGAGGAUGAGUCGGUGGUGUAUUUCCCCGUCUCGGAGGUGCGGGUGGAGGAGAGUGCCGGUACGGUAGAGGUGGCCGUGGAGAGGGCCGGAGACCUCAGCCAGGAGCUCACCGUCCUCUGCGUCACCAGAAACGACACUGCCGGCGGCACGGUGGGCGGCUCGGUGCUCUCGGGCGCCGACUUCCUCUCGCGGCCCCCUGCUGCGGACGCCAGUCGGGUGACACUGGCCCCCGGCGCCAGCCGCGCACUGUGCCCCGUCACCCUCAUUGAUGACGCCCGGUUCGAGCCGGAGGAGAGCUUCUGGCUGGAGCUGCGGGAGCCGCGCGGCGGCCGGCUGUCCGACCACCGACACCGCGCCGCGCGAAUAAUCGUCUUUAGCGACGACGACGACGCGCCGUACUUUCAUUUCGGCCAGCCGACUCUGACCGUGGACGAGGCUGUCGGUGUGGUGUCGGUACUGGUGUUCAGAGCGGGUACUGACCUGAGCGGUCCGUCCGCCGUCACCGUCACUUCCAGGGGAGGAGAGGCGCCCAGUGCUACAGCCGGCGAGGACUACCGCGCCAUCAGUGAGACGCUGCAGUUCGACCCUGGUCAGACUCAGGCCACCGUUCAGCUCCUGGUUCUCGACGACCCGGGCCGACCGCGCCGCGAGGGACCCGAGCACCUUCAGCUGCUGCUUCGGCUGCCGACGAACGCCACCGUCGGACGGCCCGGCACCCUCAACGUCACCAUUGACGACUCGGAGAGCGACCUACCUACUCACGCGUUCGCCGAGGACUCGUAUUCGGGGUUCGAGGAGGACGACCAGGUGACGGCGUACGUGGUGCGUGGCGGUGACGUCACUAUGACGUCAUCUGUGCGCUGCUACACGCGCCAGGGCUCGGCCGAGGCUGGCGCCGACUUCGAGGAGCGGCCGGACACGGACGCCAGUAGGCUAGAGUUUGCGCCAGGUUCGUAG